GGCUCCAGUGCACACGUCCGACUCCCAGUGAAGGCUGCUAACUGGUUCACGACCCACUGGUGAACCCCAUGCUGUAGAUCACGAAAAGGUCCGGUGGAGAUAUGAAUCUUUCCAGGAUCCAGAUUCUGCUGGUGGGGAUUCUCACUGCAUUCGCUGGUCCAGUCCUCUGCUCCGAGGAGGAGACCACUCUGGUGAAGAACCUGUUCACCGGCUACAACAAGGUGGUUCGACCCGUGAACCACUUCAGUGAAGCCGUGGUGGUCACCGUGGGGCUGCAGCUCAUACAGCUCAUCAGUGUGGACGAAGUGAACCAGAUUGUGACCAGUAACGUUCGUCUCAAACAGCGAUGGGUGGACGUGAACCUGAACUGGAACCCAGACGACUACGGAGGCAUCAAAAAGAUCAGAGUUCCUUCAAACGACAUAUGGAAACCUGACCUGGUUCUAUACAACAACGCCGACGGCGACUUCGCCAUCAUCCAUCAAACCAAAGUUCUGCUGGAGCACACGGGGAUGAUCACCUGGAACCCACCGGCCAUCUUCAAGAGCUACUGUGAGAUCAUCGUGCUCCACUUCCCCUUCGACCUGCAGAACUGCAGCAUGAAACUGGGAACCUGGACCUAUGAUGGGCUGCUGGUCGCCAUCAACCCAGACAGCGAUCGGCCGGACCUCAGUAACUUCAUGGAGUCGGGCGAGUGGGUGCUGAAGGAUUACCGGAGCUGGAAGCACUGGGUGUACUACACCUGCUGCCCCGACACCCCCUACCUGGACAUCACCUACCACUUCCUGAUGCUGCGGCUGCCGCUGUACUUCAUCGUCAACGUCAUCAUUCCCUGCAUGUUGUUCUCCUUCCUCACCGGACUGGUCUUCUACCUGCCCACCGACUCCGGGGAGAAGAUGACUCUGUCCAUCUCCGUCCUGCUGUCCCUCACCGUCUUCCUGCUGGUCAUCGUGGAGCUGAUCCCCUCCACCUCCAGCGCCGUUCCUCUCAUCGGGAAGUACAUGCUCUUCACCAUGGUGUUCGUCAUCGCCUCCAUCAUCAUCACCGUCAUCGUCAUCAACACCCACCACCGCUCGCCCAGCACGCACACCAUGCCUGCCUGGAUCCGCAAGGUCUUCAUCGAAACCAUUCCCAACAUGAUGUUCUUCUCCACCAUGAAGCGACCGGGGCAGGAGAUCCGACAGAAGAGGCUGUUCCCCACCGACAUGGACAUCUCCGACAUCUCAGGUAACCCCAACCCCACCAGUGUGAACUACCAGUCUCCCAUCAGUAAGAACCCUGACGUGCGCAGCGCCAUCGAGGGAGUGAAGUACAUCGCUGAGACCAUGAAGUCCGACGAGGAAUCGAACAAUGCGGCCGAGGAGUGGAAGUUCGUGGCCAUGGUGCUGGACCACAUCCUGCUCUGUGUGUUCAUGGCCGUGUGCAUCGUCGGGACGCUCGCCGUCUUCGCCGGGAGACUCAUCGAACUCAACGUGCUGUACGGGGCCUGAUCCCAUCACAACAGACAUGUGUCACCCGGAGAUACGAGAUAACACAACUCCCUCUGUCUCGCACACACAGACAGACACACACUGAGUUGACUGUUGUGUCUCUCGGUCUGGUGUCACUUUCAAAUGUCUGCGUUUGUGUAUUUACUGAAACGGAGGAGAAAUCUUGAUGGGUCAUACUUGAAGCUCUUCUUGGUUUUAUCCGCUGCCGAUGAAACGAGUGAAUUCUAAUCAUCUGAGAAACAAACAGUAAAAAGGAUUAAUUGACAUCAGUGACACGUCCUGGUCUUUGAGUGCAGACGAGAUGAUUUCCUCUCUGAGGAGUUUUAUUGUUUUGUUUUGCCUGCAGACGCUCAAAUGACUUUUAUAUUUACGGCUUGAGAUCCGAGGCGUAAACUUCACGUCACACGUUUUGAUUCACAAAUAGAAAAACUACUUUGACUGCUCUCGGGUCAGUGACCUGGUUUGAUUUGUCACUGUGGAGUGUAAAUUCCCCCUCCACUCUCUUCUCCUCUGUCUUGAAGGCUCAUUUAGUUUUGAAUAUCAUUUUUUGGGUGAUUUAAUUGAUUCUUUAAUCACAAUGAAUCAGUUUGACCUGAUCUGGUUAUUAUUCAGUGAGGAUCCAUAAAACAUAGGUUGUAGAUGGAGAUGAUGGUGAACGUGGAGCCAGUUUGUUUGAGUUCCGCAGCGCAGAUGAUUUAACCUUUGACCUUCUCUGCUGUUAACUCAGAUUUCCUUAGUUUAAAAUUAGUCCAGAUAAAGGUUGAAUUGAUCAUUAGAAUAAAUCCGGUUUGUUUGGGAAUCGUGAGAUGACGAGCGUUGUGUUGUUGUGUUGUUUGACUGAAACAGUUUGUGAUGCAAUGAAAGUGAAGAAUUCCAGGAGGUGUGGCUUGUCUGUCACUUCUGCAGCGUUGCUUCGUGUUCACAGCAGAAGGCAACUUGAUUUAUUUUGCAGCCGUGCGACAAGUUCAAUUUGACAACUCAGUAAUGUUCUAUUAAGUAAUAUUGCACUGACCAUUAGUUGUGUUUUUUUUUAUAUUUCUCUUUGUGUAGAUUGUGAAAUAGCUUGAAAAAUAAAAUCUCAUUCAGUUGA